GUUAGCCAAGGUUGCAUUUUAAUCAUACAAACAGAAAGUUCUCUCAAGCUCAACUCGAGUGAAACGUAUUUUCUCCUCCCUCCCUUCCCCGUGCUGCUCGUUGUCUGCACUUCUACCGCCACAGUCUUUCUUUAUACCUUCCCAUUGCUUUCGUUCUUGGCCAUCGCCUCCGCAGCAUUCGUGCUCUACAAGCGUACAAGUGCCAGUUGGGCAUCUAGCAGUUUAAAGAAUUGAUGUUUUAGGUGGUGUUGUGAUUGAAAAAAUUGUUAUUGGGUGGUUCUGGUACUUCUGCUGCAUGUCUCUCUUGUGCGUUCGAUCACUUUUUGCGCGAAAGAGGCAUUUUGCUUCAGGAAUAUUAUAUAUAAGCAACCCUGGAUGUUCACUAUCGAACGAAGUGAACUAUUCUAUCUCUAUAUUGGGUAGAGAGUGUAAUCCCAUAAAUUCAUUGCCAUUGCCUGCUCAGUUCGAGGUUCCUAUAAGUUCAUCGUUUAAUAAUGCUAGUUUUAUAAAUGACAAUAGAGUUUUCCCACCAAGCUGGAGCUUUUAUCAGUUAUUUAGACGAUGUUCGUUUCAGUUUCCUCAUGCAUUUUGCUCAUUAGCUCAAAAUGAGAUGUUAGUGUCGGAUUCUGGUGUUGCUACUACUGUUGAGAAAGAAAAGGUUGUGCAUGAAAAACUUCUUGACUUUACAAAAAUUGACAUCGAUUUGCUUCCAACUGUCAUUCUUGUUGGGCGUCCAAAUGUGGGAAAAUCAGCUCUCUUCAACAGAUUGAUUCGAAGGAGAGAAGCUCUUGUAUUCAACACGCCAGAUGAUCAUGUUACUCGAGACAUUAGAGAAGGCAUUGCAAAAUUGGGUGAUCUGAGGUUUCGGGUCUUGGACUCAGCUGGCUUAGAAACAGAAGCAACUUCAGGGUCUAUUCUUCAGAGAACAGCAAGCAUGACUGCAAACAUACUUGCAAGGACUCAAUUUGCUGUAUUCCUGAUGGAUGUGAGAGUUGGAUUGCACCCAUUGGAUGUGGAAGUUGGAAGGUGGUUGCGCAAACAUGCACCGGGAAUUAAUCCUAUAGUAGCAAUGAAUAAAUCUGAAUCACUUUGUGAUGGCAUUGGCUCUAUUGCUGAUGCUGCGGAGGAAGCACGUCUGCUAGGAUUUGGGGAUCCUAUAGCCAUAUCUGCUGAGACAGGGCUAGGUAUGACAGCCCUUCAUGAUGCUCUACGGCCUUUGCUUGAGGAUUAUAUACUCAAAGUGCUGAAAAGUAAGAUUUCCUUUCCUUUAUUACAUUUUUUUGUUGUUGGAUCAAUUGAUCAAAUGGAAGUUGAUGACACUGCUAAUAAUGACAAGACCUCUUCCAUAGAUUCUAAGAACAAUAUCAAAGAUUCUGAAAAAGGCAAGGCCAAGCGCAAAUUAUAUGUAGGAUCUCAAGCUGUAGGAUUUCGUCGGGACCAUAUGGAGGUAUUAUCGCCCAUAAAGGAUGGGAUUGUUGUUGACUGGGAUAUAGUGGAUAGCAUAUGGGACCAUGCUUUUAGGGAAUGUCUGUUGGUUGAUCCUAAGGAGCAUCCAAUGCUGCUUGCAGAACCUUCAUCUAACCCUCAACACCAGAGAGAAAGGACUGCAGAGCUUAUGUUUGAAAAAUACAGUGUUCCAGCAUUAUUUUUGGCUAAGAACGCUGUUCUCACAUCCUUUGCAUCAGGACGUCCUACCUCACUAGUUGUUGAUAGUUUAUCCAGUAUAACUUUUACUCAGGUUGAUACUGCAGGUUGGUUGCAUAGGUCAGGGCAGGAGAAAGGACCAUCAUCAUUGAGCAUAAUGCAAUCAAGGAAAAAUUUGUUGAGGGCUCAUGUGGUUGCUUUAGUACUUGAUGCAGAAGAGAUUGCAAAAGCUAGACGUAGCAUGACACACUCUGAAGUAGUCAUAGCAAGACGGGCUGUGGAAGAAGGGCGUGGAUUGGUUGUUAUUGUGAACAAGAUGGAUCUUCUUAAAGGUAAGCAAAAUUCAAAGUUAUUUGAGAAGGUCAUGGAAGCUGUUCCUUCAGAAAUUCAGACAGUUAUACCACAGGUUUCAGGAAUACCAGUUGUAUUUAUUUCUGCAUUAGAGGGGAGGGGCAGGAUAAAUGUUAUGCAUCAGGUCAUUGAUACAUAUGAAAAAUGGUGCUCAAGGUUACCCACAUCUCGGCUGAACCGAUGGUUGCGUAAGGUUAUGAGCAGACAUUCUUGGAAAGAUCAAGCUGCGCAACCCAAGAUCAAGUACUUCACCCAGGUCAAGGCUCGUCCACCGACUUUUGUUGCUUUCACAAGUGGAAAGACACAACUUUCAGAUACAGACCUCAGGUUUUUAACGAAAUCUCUGAAGGAAGACUUUGACUUGGGUGGCAUUCCCAUCCGGAUCAUGCAACGGUCCGUUGCGAGAAAAAUUGCCAGUAGCGGGAGCAAGAGCAGUCAGUCACCAGGCAGGACAACUGAAAGAAUCUUGUCCGACAAGAGAACUGUUGAUGCAUGAAACUAUAACCUUAGCUUCUAUUUUAGUUUCACUUUUUUCUUUUCUUUUCGUGUUUCCGUUGUGGGAAAAGCUCAGUCAAAUGUUGAGAUUAUGUUGCUUUGCCAGUCAGGAAUAUGGUAUUUAUAUCUUAUAGCUUAGCAAUCUUAUAAUUAACAAGAUGUAAAUUAAGGAACGUAUUCAAUUUUGGCCUGUAUUUAGAGCAGUACGAGUUCGUAGGUGAUGUAUGUUGAGCAUUCAUAGUAAAAUUUGUCGGAUUCAUGGAACAUAAAGCUGGAUGUUUUCUCAGAAA